AUGACCCUGGGAUUGGACGUUUAUGACGCCUCUGUUGGAUGGCAGCACUCGCCUCCGACGGUCGCUGCGUUUUCUCCCACCACCAUCUCCGGCUCGUCCUUGACGUCCAAACAACGUUCCAGCAUCAUCGUCCACCGUAAAUCUCCCUUGUUGGUGGCUACUCCCCCGCCCGUCACCCGAGCGUUGGCCUACUCUCAUCCGUUCAUCUUGCCGUUGAAUAAACUGGUGGGCUUGUUGACAUGGACCAGUGGUGAUUCAUGGCAGAGCUUCCUCCUCGUAGCAGGGUUCUGGGCACUCGUCUUGUAUGGUGACGCCAUCGUCCUCUGGGCAGGUCCGCCCCUGGUGGUGACAGCCCUGAUCCUGGGCAUGUACUGGAGACGCUACUCCCCCCUAUCCACCAGAGCCUUCUCGGGGGAGAAACCGGGCCAUCAAAGGGCCACAUCUGAUGGGUCCAUCCACCAUCACGACAGCCUCGACGAAAUUGUCGAAACCAUGCGGACCUUCACCACGCGGUGUAAUAUCCUGUUGGAACCCCUCGUGGAGCUUACUGAUUUCCUGUCCACCCAACGGACGGCGACCUCGGCUACCACAAGACCGGCCCUUACCACUCUCUUCUUUCGCAUCCUCUUUGUGACCCCCAUCUGGGUGGCCUUGACGCUGCCUCCCUUAUGUCUGAUCACUACUCGCCGUGUCAUCUUGAUCCUUGGCACCGUCAUCCUUACUUAUCAUUCCCGCCCAGCCAGGGUGUCGCGCGUCAUUCUCUGGAGGUCAUUGACGAUCCGCCGUAUAUUUUCCAUGAUCACAGGCCUAUCGUUUGCGCUGAAUGUGAGUAAGGCGCCGGCGCCCCGGACGCAAAGUCAUGGUCAUACAGUGAACAUCGCCACCCGGCGGCGAGGAGACGACUCUGGUGUCCGUUUUACCUUCAUCAUAUACGAAAAUCAACGCCGAUGGCUGGGGAUCGGUUGGACCUACUCCCUGUUUCCCUCCGAGCGCACUGCAUGGACGGAUGAACACCUGAACCAGGUUCCCCCAAGAGAUGAGUUUGAGCUGCCGGAAGUACAAAGCGGCAGCGCCAUGUGGCGCUGGGUGGAUGGUAGUGAGUGGCGCAUCGAAGGCGCCGACGAUUCGAGCGGGAAAGCGGAUGCCAAAGCCUCCGAUGGUGGAGGCUGGAUUUACUACGAUAAUAAGUGGAACGAUGGUCGCCGUGGCCAAGAUGGAUGGGACCGAUAUACUCGGCGGAGAAAGUGGUGCCGUGAUGCCGAGCUGGUGGAACUCCCGUUAGCCUCGGCAGAUCGGUCGGCAGGGGCAGCGUCCGGCUUAACACAAGCUUUGGAGCAGCAGAAACAAAAGGAAUCAGGCGCAGUUGACGCUUCAUCAGUCGAUACCGAUUCCCAGAGUCUCGCCCCGUCGAGUUCCUCAAAAGCACGGAGACGACGUUGGUUUGGGGGUCCGAAGAGUGUAAGCGACAAAGCCAGCAGCAUCUCCACUGCACCAGCAGCCUCCAACAAUAACUCCUCCGUAGAUCUUGGAAAAUUAGCGUCGUCCCCGAGUUACAACUCCCCCGGGAGAAGCACCUCCAAACCGAUUAGCAUUCCAUCUUCUCAAAAACCGUCCAGCUACUCCCAGAGCUCUAGCACCAGCUAUGGCCGAGACCGGAGCACGCACGGCAGUGCCGCACCGAGUGACAGUGCGAGCCUCCGAGACAAAGAAAUUGCACAUGCGCAAGAUCACCUGGAUCAUUGGGGUGCUCGAGCCGCAGGAGGCACCGAACGAGCGGAGCGGGAAAUGGGGUUAGGUGACGAGGUCAACAUGGGAUUAAGUUAA